GAGCUCAAACAGGAGGAGAAGCUGGAAAAGAAAGAGCAGGAGAUUAAUAAACUGACAACAGAGUUUAAACAGAAGGAGGAGCAGCUGCCAAACCAAGUGCAGGAGAUUAAUAAACUGACAAAUGAGCUCAAACAGAAGGAGGAGGAGCUGAAAAAGAAAGAGCAGGAGAUUAAUAAACUGACAACAGAGCUCAAACAGAAGGAGGAGCAGCUGCAAAACCAAGAGGAGGAGAUUAAUAAACUAACAACUGAGCUAAAACAGAAGGAGGGGCAGCUGAAAAAGAAAGAGCAGGAGAUUAAUAAACUGACAACAGAGCUCCAACAGAAGGAGGAGCAGCUGUAAACGCAAGAGGAGGAGAAUCAGAGACUGACAACUGAGCUCAAACUGAGGGAGGAGCAGCUGCAAGAGCAAGAUAAUAAAAGACUGACAUCUGAGCUCAAACAGAAGAAGGAGCAGCAGCUGCACAAGCUAGAACAAAAUAAUCAGAAGACAAAAUAUCACAAAGUGGAGGAGAAACUGCCAAAAGAGCUCAAAGUAAAGAAGGAGCAAAAUGAUAAAGAAGUUCAAACAGGAAAAGCAGGUGCAAAAACAAGAGCAGGAGAACCAGAGACCGACAACUGAACAAAAACAGUGUAAAUCAAUUGAGAAUUCAACAUUCUAUUCUAUUUAUCUUUUAAGAUUGUUUAAGGGUGUGUAUUAAUGUACUCCAGGGGUGGUGAAUGUCAGUUUUUAAGAACCACAGUCCUGCAGAGUUUAGCUACAGUUCUAAUUAAACACACCUAUACAGGUUAAUCAAAAUCUAAAUGUUCACUAGAUGCAGGUGAAGUUUAAUCAGGGUUGGAGUUAAACUUAGGACUGCAGGACUUUGUCUCUCCAGGACAGACGUUCACCACUCCUGAUGUACUCCAUGCUUUUAACAUGAGUUUUAGUAUGUUGUUUUUAGUUCAAAUAUCCAAGUGUCCAUCUGUGUACCAUACUUCUGUGUUCCAUACUAGAACAAUCCAAUAGAUUAAUAAUCCCAAAUCCUUGA